AUCCAGACCGGGUGGCUUGAGUCGGAUCCUGCAGAGUGCGUGUCAUUGAUGACUAGAGCAGACAGCUGAAGUUUGUCUGUGACUGUCUUUUGGUUUUCAUGUCACCUGCUUUCAUUCCUUUCAGAGCCGUUUUUAAGGUUCGUUUCACUUGAGGAGAACUUGUGUUGAGAUGGUUUCUUCAUUCCGGAGACGGAGGUUAUUUAUGGGAUUUGUGUCUCCGCUGCAUCACCUGAGGACAGGCGGACAGUGAGUCACAUCUGAGGGCUGAAUGGACAACAUGUCUCCACAACAACAACAACAACAACAACCACAACCACCGGAUGGGCUCAGUCGGGGCGCACCACAGGAAAACAAAAGGCGGCUGAAGUCUCAGAGUUAUCGCCGCCAGUCGGCCCCAUCUCUGGUCAUCACCAAGGCUCUCACCAGGUCCAAGACCAUCUCCAGAGAGUCCUUCCUGGUUCCUGUGUGCCCAGAGACCUGCCCGUUGAUCCAGUCCUUCCUGACCGGCGCUGAGAGGUCGUUCCUUCUCCAUGGACAUGCUCAGUUGAAGACUGGACUGCAGACUCAAGACAGACACCUCUUUAUGUUCACGGACAUCCUGGUGAUCGCCAAAGCCAAGUCAGCCAACCACUUUAAGCAGAAGGCCCAGGUAUGUGUGUGUGAGAUGUGGACGGCAGGAUGUUUGGACGAGGUGUGUGAGGGAAGUACGAACCCAGACAGGAGCUUCGUCAUGGGCUGGCCGACGUACAACUGUGUCGCAAUGUUUAGCUCUGCAGAACAGAAAGAGAAAUGGCUCUCCCUCCUCAAAAGUCGGAUAAAAGAUGAAAAAGAGAAAGAAGAACCUAAAACCAUUCCUUUGAGGGUGUAUGGGAAAGGGAUUAACACAUUUGCUCUGACAAAGACGCUUCCUGUCAGUAACUCGGAUUCGACCAAUGAGGUGGUUCGAUUGGCUCUGCAGCAGUUUGGCAUCAUCGGAAAUGUGAAAGAUUACCAGCUGUGGGUGGUCUCAAAGAGGGACAACGCUCCAUAUCCUCUGAUUGGUCAUGAGUUUCCCUUCAGUAUCCAGAUGAGUCAUGUGAGGGCGUCUCAGGGCAGCAGGGAGGCUGCGGCAUCUGAGGACAGGGCCAGGGCGAUGCAGGUGGAGCAGCUGCAGGUGUCCAAGCAGUGCCAGUUCAUCCUGAAGCCUCGGCCAGUCCAAACGGUGCAGCAGCCGGUGACCACAGGUGAGACCACCGAACUGUCUCGGAAACCCUUCAAAAGGAGGCGUUCACUGAUCACCUGGGCCUUCUGGAAAGGAUCGUCCUCACAGCUGAACGAGAUGUCCCUGGCUGGUCCUCGAGGAUGUCUGUUCAGUCAGCCGCUCAGCAGGGUGUGUGUGGAGGACACUCUGCCUAAACCAGUGACGGAUAUGUUGUCAUUUCUGUACCACGAGGGUUCAUGGACGAAGGGGAUCUUCCGUCGACCCGCGGGGGCUCGAGCUGUCAGGGAACUUCGGGACUCACUGGACGCCGGCGACUUUCAGCUUCCCCUGACACGAGACCAUGUCUUCGUCAUUGCUGGAGUCUUUAAGGAUUUCCUGCGCAGCAUCCCUGGCAGCUUGUUGUGUUCUGAGCUUCAUGAAGAGUGGAUGGAUGUGCUGGAGGAAGAGGAUGAGGAGGAAGAGCAGGUGCAGGAUGUGAAGAGGAUGAUCUGUCGGCUGCCCAGAGAGAACGCUCUGCUGCUGCGCCACCUGCUGGCCAUGCUGCACGGUAUCCAAGGCAACGCCCAGGAAAACCAGAUGACGAGCUUUAACCUUUCAGUGUGCAUCGCUCCCAGCAUGCUUUGGCCACCCGGAGCCCCGAGCAGCCCCGAGGUGGAAGGAGAAGGAACCAGGAAGGUCUGUGAGUUGGUGAAGUUUAUGAUUGAACACUGGCAGCAGAUUUUUGGAGAGGACCCCUCGUUGCUGUUUGGGGGACCACCACAAAGAUUGAACACUGAGGAGAUGGGAUCAGGUACCCAACUAUACUCGUGGCAGUAUCCUCUGACUGACUCGUCCUAUGACAGUGUGGAGAACGAGCUGGACAACAGCAGCGGCGGCUCACCAAACUUCUGCAGCAGACGGACACGCCUUUGCCAUAAACCACUACAAGGCAGCCUGGACUCCAUCCUCACCUUCAGCGACUAUGACCUGGACACUGACCCAGACACACGCCACAAGCUGAAGCUGGGAAGAACCAGAGGAAGGAGGCUGGACCCAGACAUGGGGCUCUGCUGCCCCGGCCAGGAUGCACCAUCUCUGGACACCUCGUCCACCCUGGACUCCCUGUCCCUGGAUGGUCUGAACAGCUUGCGGCGCCGGUCAGAGCCUGCCGUCGCGUACAUGAGUCAACUCCAGCCUCACAUUUCCCGCAGCGCUGACGGUCUCACCUGUGAUGAUGGUGAGAAAGAGGUUUCCAAGAAGGCCAGCAGCCACACACCCUCCAACAUUCAGAGCUGGAGGAGCAGAGGGGUGAAGUCAGCAGCUCUGGAGGCCAGCUCCUCCAGCCUCUCCUCCACUCCCGUCUCCCCUGCACCAACUCGCUCCUCUCUGGACUCGCUGGACUCCCUCAGCUCUGACCACACCUGGGCGAUCAGACGGGGGCUUCACCCAAACAAGAGCCCCGUUCCCUCCGCCACCUCUUCCUCAUUACCUGUUCCUUCUUCGACCAGCGCUACACCCUUCACGGUGAGCCCUACGUGGAAUUCAGGGGAGUAUCCAGACCAGACAGUUGUCCUGAAAGACUCUCCACCUAAAGAUCAAGUCAGCUGGGGGACGUUAAAAGGUCUCCACCCAAACUCUUGGCUGAAGAAAGACCGGAGGUUGUCACUUACCCAACAGGAGAACUUAGAGAAGGAAGAAGACGACAACAGUGGGGGUGGAACCACUGAUAAGCCACUUGCUUUUGGAAAAGUCACUCCAAAACCAGGUGAGAAGGCAGGAGGAAAACGAAUCUCCAGCUGUCAAACCAAAGCCCGCCGAGCAUCCAAGGAUGGAAACGUGGAGCAGAAGCCGUCGUCUCCAGGUCUGUUUUACAAGCAGAGGGGACCCACUCUGUCUCUGUUCAAACGACACAAGUCUCAGGAGGAGGAGUGCAUGGUGAGGCUCUAUCAGCGCCGGGGUUCGGAGCCGGGGCAGCAGCUGGUGGAACGGGCCUCCAGUCUCCGCAGGGCCAGGCUCCCCAGUGACCCGGGUCUGAAGGUUUCUGAGGUGGAUUCUCAGGGCGGGACCACCGAGGGCCGCUUCUGCCUCUCCCCCUACGCAACCAAGGCAGUGAAGGACUACUUCUCCUCUCAUUCACACAGUAAUCCUCAGAGCAGCCAGCAGGUGGCGCUGGCCCUGGUGGAGGGUCACAGGGAAUGGCUGAUGAGAUGCAGCGAAGUCACUGGUGAGCCAGACUUUGAGCAGCUGCUGUUAGCGGAAGAGUCCUACGUCUAAACGGGACUGGAACUUAAAGCAACAAUAAAGGAUAUUUGUAUUUGUAAAGUACAUUGUGAAAGAAUGAGCCUCAUCGCAAGAACA